AUGCAGGUCAACACCACCGAACCAUUCUCCCUCCCCAUUCUCGGGCCUCAACCCCACCAAAAACAGCAGAAGAAACCAGCAUCGCAGCUACGCUUCAUCCGUCCAGCACAGAUGAGCCUGUUUGCUCGAGUAUCCUGUUAUCCGCCGCUGGGACAGGUAACAUGUCCGCAGAGGAUCCAGAAGGCGUUAGAGUUGGAGAAGGAUGAUACGCUCCGGUUCACUGUGGUCAUUGAAUCAAGCGUCUCAUUCCCAGAACAGCCAUGGGAAUCUGAGAUCUACCAUACCAUCAGCACCACACCUGCUACCAGCACCACCACGACCUACAGUAGCAACACCCCCAGCAGCGCACCAGAAUGGAAAUCCCUCCCUCUCCGCAAAGUAUCCACAUCCAGAGCCCCAAUGCUAAACGCCCAGAAAGGAGAAUACGACUACUACCGCACCGUCUUCACAGAGGAAAUCACCCUCCCGAACCAGGGCGGCUACGCGCAGUUCACAGUCAAGUACCGCUCCAGCCCCAACUCACCCUGGCAAUGGGUCAACCAGCAGAAACCAGAGGAAGUCAGGAAUGGGGAGUUGGUAUUUGCGCCGAGGGAUCAGAGUGCGCUUGCGAUUGCUAAUACUGCGGCUGCGACCGCUGCCGCGAGUGGUGCUGGCGGUGCUGGUGGUGGAGGUAUGUCGGGGACUCAGUCUACUCCGUCAUGGUACUCGGCGCCGACGCCUUCGUACUCAUCGUCAUCGGCAUCGUCGGGGGGUAGAAGUGAAUUGGGGAAGUAUUUCGAGAAUCUGUCAUCGGAGGUUGAGGUUGAGUCGCGCGUGAGUGAGGCUGUUAAUUCGGUGCUGUGGCAGGUAUCUGGGAGUGUACCUCCAGCUGGGGAGACGGAGUCUACGGUUAAGGAGGUCGUGCUUGGUGUGCCGUCGUCUGUCGUGCGGAAUUUCUCGCUGGUGCGGAUAUGGACGCCUUGGUUGGGGCCGAGGCAUGGGAGGAAGACGUUUCAGUUGACGGAGGAUGCAGUUCUGUGCUCAUUUUUGAGGACGGAUGGGACGCAUCUUGUUCUUUUGGGGGUGUCUGGUGUUGAUCAUAUGUUGACGCUGUUUCGGUCUGGUGAGAAGGGGGAGGUUAUUGUCAAGGCUCAGAGUGACAAUACGGAGACGACCAAGUUUAAGGUUCUGGCUGCUGUUGCUUACGAUUUUGAAGUUGCUAUGAGUGCUGUGAUGUAUGAAGCACGAAAGCUUGUCCGGGUCGCAAGCCAGGGGAGCCAGGAAGAGGAGAAGAAGGAUGAGAAGAGCGAAGAAAAACCAGCUGAGGAGGAAGAACGCCCGUCGAGCUCUGCAUCGCCUACCGGAGACGACCUUGUUAUGGUAGAGAAAGACCCUAAAGUGCAAUGGCUAACGGAGUGGUACGACGGCCUGACGUACUGUACCUGGAACGGGCUGGGCCAGAACCUGACGGAGGAGAAGAUCCUGCAUGCCCUAGACGCACUGAAGUCCCACGGCAUCAAGAUAGUCAACCUCAUUAUCGACGAUAACUGGCAAACCCUGGACAAUGAAGGCGACUCGCAAUUCAAACGGCGUUGGACGCAGUUCGAAGGUAACCCUCGCGCGUUCCCUGAAGGACUAAGACAAACCGUCCAGGCCAUCCGACAGCGCCAACCAAGCAUUGAGCAUAUCGCCGUCUGGCACGCCCUCUUCGGCUACUGGGGUGGCAUCUCCCCCAAUGGUGAUCUCGCCCAGCGCUUCAAAACCAAAGAAGUCAAGAUCAAGGACCCAGCCGCCGGAGCACCACUACCCCAUGCCUUCGACAACGGCGUCCUGCUCGCCAUCGAACCAGAAGACAUCCAAACCUUCUACGACGAGUUCUACUCCUACCUAACCUCCGUCGGGAUCGACUCCGUCAAAACAGACGCCCAAUUCUUCCUAGAUCUACUAGCAACUCCCGAAGACCGCCGCCGCUUCAUCCCUUCCUACCAAGACGCCUGGUCUAUCGCCUCCCUGAAACACUUCAGCACAAGAUCCAUCUCCUGCAUGUCCACCUUCCCACAGGCAAUUUUCCACUCCCAGCUUCCCACAAACAAACCAUCCAUUCCCCUCCGCAACUCAGACGACUUCUUCCCAGCAAUCAAGACAAGCCAUCCAUGGCACGUCUUCUGCAACGCCCACAACACCCUCCUCACCCGCUUCCUCAAUGUCCUCCCAGACUGGGACAUGUUCCAAACCUCCCACCCUUACGCCUCCUUCCACGCCGCCGCGCGCUGCGUCUCUGGCGGCCCAAUCUACAUCACCGACGAACCAGGCAAACAUGACCUUGCCGUCCUCAACCAAAUGACCGCCCCAACAACCCACGGCACAACCGUCAUCCUCCGCCCCAGCAUCGUCGGCCGCGCAAUGGACAUAUACCACGACUACAAUGAGGGCCACGUCCUCCCCGUAGGCACAUACACAGGUCCAGCACGAACGGGGAGCGGAAUCCUGGGCCUCUUCAACAUCCAAGACUCCGAAUCAUGCAAACUCGUGUGCCUGAGAGAUUUCCCAGGUAUCCACGAGGGUUCGAACGGCCACUAUGUCGUCCGCGCGCAUACCAGCGGGCGCGUCUCCGACCCCAUGCACCCCGCAGAUGAAGACUCCCUCGUCAUGGUCGAGCUCGGUCAAAAGGGCUGGGAAAUUUUAACCUCCUACCCCACGCACUCCUUCACGCUGCGCGGGAGUCGCGGCUGCGGCUCUAAAACGAGUAACCUCACGCACGUCGCUGUCCUAGGCUUACUGGGUAAAAUGACCGGUGCGGCAGCGAUAGUCAGCUACGAUGUGUUUAUUGUUGAAAAUGGACGGUUGAGGUUCGAUAUCGCGCUGAAGGCGCUGGGGACGCUGGGGAUUUAUUUCUCUGAUUUGGAAGAUCAUAGUAUUGCGAGGAACUUUAUGGUGAUGAUUUCUGGGAGGGCGGUGCCGAGGAGGACGGUUUGGAAGGAGGGGGGUGAGGGGAGUAGGGUUUUGGCGGUUGAUGUGUUGGGUGCGUGGAGGGGGAUGGGGUUGGAUAGUGGAUGGGGGAAUGAGGCUGUUGUGCAGGUUUUUGUUGGUUGA